AUGUCGGAUGACUCUAGUAACUCCAGAAGUAAUUCCUUCUUGGUUGGUUUACCAGGUGAUAAAUCAAUGGUUGUAGCAGGGCAGGCUGUAAGAUUCAUUCUAUCCAGUAUUGAAAGUCAAAAUACAAUUAUAUCCAGAGCUAAAUUGGUUUCUAUAUUAGGUGAUGCUAGAAAAGAACAAAAUUGUUCACGUAUCCCAUUUUCUAAAAGUUUUGAAGAGAUCAAUUUCAUUUUACAAGAUACAUACGGAAUGAGAUUGUAUGGAUUACCCAAUAAGAAAUCCAAUAAUUCUACAAGUACUCAAAAUAACAAGAAUAAUAACGAUCAAAAGAAGAAUAUCAAUUUAGUCGAGAAUACUAUUAAUGAAUCUAAUUCUAUAGAACAUAGUAAGUGUAAUCAAUUUAUUGUAUUAGAUGAAUUAUCCGAAACAUCAAAAACACCAAAAUUUCAAGAAUUGCUCAUGACACAAACUCAAGAUAUGUAUGAAGAAUCUAUUAUUAAUGGUGAGUACGUGACUGAAGAUAUGGGUAUUGAGAACGAUGGUACGUUUGAGACUUCAUUAAGUAAUGAUAAAGAUGUCGUAUUUAAAGGAGUUUUGACUAUUAUCUUAUCGAUUGUUUUUUAUUCUAAAAACACUCUCCUGCAUAAUGAAUUAUUACCAUUGCUAGAACGUUUUGGUAUUCCUGUUGAUGGUACACAAAUACCGAUUCUGGAUUGUAAUAUAGAUGAUCUAUUAAAGACAUUGGAACGUAGAGAAUAUUUGGCUAAAACAGUGGAAAACUCUUCCACUGAAGGUGAACUUAUAACAUACAGUAUUGGUAGAAGAACUCGUGCAGAAUUCCCGGCAGACGCUUUAAUCCGGUUAACUCAACAAGUUCUUGACAUUGAAGAUACAGAAGCUUCACAAUUACGUGAUGAAAUAUCCAACUCCAUCGGAGAUGCCUAUUUGUAA